UUUUAUCGUCGCUGUGCGAGCGCCCGCAGGAUUUCCAACCUACGCCCAAAACUCGCAUUGCUCUCUUUCGCCCGCGCGAUCGUUUCCAUUUUCUCGAGUCGUCUUCUUCUUCUUCCAUGGCCUCCGACCUCUUCUCCUCCCUACGUCGCCCUCGCUCGCAGGUGGCGCCUCCACCGCCGUCGCUCCCUCACUUCCCGCGCCGUGGUUAUCAUGUCGAGCUCGGAGCUCGUGAGAAGGCGCUAUUGGAAGAGGAUCCUGCACUGAAGAAGUUCAAAUCAUACAAGAGUAGUGUCAAGCAGGUGUCAAAAAUCGGAAAUGCCCUUACAAUGCUUGUAAUUGCUGCUUGCACUUAUGAGAUUUUUGCAGUGGCAACAACAAAGAACUAAAGGAGGCAGUGCUGUUGUAACUAGUUUGCAUAAUAAAAGAACAAAGUCUCUGCGCAUUUUAUGUGCUCCCGCUCCAUUGCUAUUCAAGUUCAAGACUCCUCUGGUUUUGAUGUAUAAUAAAUCUGUUACAUGGGUCUAUUCGGAUAUGUUAUUUUGGAUUCAACUGCUCAAGUUUCCUUUUUAUCUUUGACAUUACAAUGGCACAUGCUUUCUCAAAAUUACAGUUUCGUAUGUGAUUUACCUCAAAAAUCUGAUUUUUCA